AAAGAGCUCUCAGCUCAUCUCGCCAUCAUCUCUGAUCUCCGAUCCGUCGAUUCUCCUCCUCCUCUGAAGCUGUUUUCUCCUCUCGUUGGCUCUCCGAUCCUCCUCCUCCUCCUCCCUAUCGAGAAAGAGCUCUCGGCUCAUCUCGCCGUAAGCUUAUCUCCGAUUUUCAAUUCGGUGAAUCCGCUCCUCCUCCGAAGCCGUUUUCUGCGAACAGAUUGUUCCGAAGCCGUUUUCUCCUCUUGCCAGCUCUCCGAUCAUCGAUUGCUACUGCAUUCCAACUAUUUCUUCUGUAACCGAAUCAGCUGAGUCAAGUGAAUCUGCGACGAGACUUG